AUGGCAGUAACAGCAAGCGACAAGGAUCGCUGGAACUUGCUCUCGCCGACGGCUUCCAAGUCCUUGGCGAAGGAGUUCGACUUCGGAGAUGCCACAAAGGGCGGUUUGGGCGGUGUGGUUAAGGGGAAAGAUCGCUGGAACCUCCUGCGUGACAAUGUCCAAUCCCUUUCUUUACAGGCACGUGGUGCAAACGCCUUUUCCAGCGUGGGACGGGCCACUUCGAGCCCUUCGCAGCGCAUCCAGCUUUUCUCUUCCACGCUGCGGAGAGCGGCUCGACAGGAGAAGGGCGAUGACUUGAUGGAAUCUCCGGGUGUCCUCACAGCCUCAGAACCUGCCCCGGAGCCUGGCGUAGCCGGCGACUCCGAAGUACCGCCUUGCCAGGUCGAGGCAAGCCUGGACACCGAUUUGGAGGGCAAGACAGGCAAGGAUGAAAUUGGAGAGGAGUUUUCCGAUUGGGAGUCCGAGGCCGAAGACAACGUCGUUUCAGCCGACAAACACGGAUUCCUCACCGCCUGUGACGCCAUUGUCGCAAGCCCUGCCAUACACGUGCUUGGUCCUCAGGAGAGCGGUCCUCCUUCCGGGCUUUGUGGUGCGGAAGACAUCGAAGUGGCGGGGACAAAAGAGGCAGAGGCAGAUCCAGAUUGUCCCAUACUUGGAAGUGCACCUCCAACCGGCAUGAAAGUCGAGGCAAGCACCUCGGGAGCGCCGCAAAGCAGGAGACAAAGCGGUGCAGUGGAGGCUGCUGCAGUACCAGAUCUUGUCAGCCGCAUGCUGGGCGGGCUUCCUAGCUGGGCGGCUUUUGCAGCCGCAGACGAGUCAGAGGAGGAGGUCCACAAUGCUUGGGGUGAACACGAUACAGAUGACAUGCUGGGACUGCGAGCUUUUGAAUUGCAGCAGGCUAGAGGAAUAGAGGUGCCGGGAACCCCCACAGCAGCGCAAGCAAGGCUGGCCAAACGGAAGCAGAAGGCACAGGAAAAAGCUAAGCGCAAAACGCAAUUGGAGGUGGGAACCACCGAGAGCACGGGUGGCCAUCUGUUCGGUAUGAUGUCCAUGCUCAGCAACCUUACCAGUGCGACGGCUACCGGCUCUGCACAUGACGAUGAUGAGGAAAGUGUCCAUAACGCUUGGGGCGGCGAUGACUCAGACUCGAAGUUUGUAGAACGCGCUGCUGAACUGGAGCAUGUGCGGGGAAUGGUGGUACCUGUUCUCAAAGUCCAGACGGGUGGACGUGAGCGGUUAGCAAAGCGCAGGCAGAGAGCGGAGAAGAAGUGCAACACGCAUCAAGGAAUUGCCGAAACACGUGAUGGAAGUGCCACGAGCUACUCUGGCAGAGCAGCUGCAUCCGUAUUUUCUGCUGCUGCUACAAGCAUCGUGCAGUUUCAGCGGCUCCUCAACUAUGUGGCAUCCACCCAGGACGAUGAGAUUGACGAGGUUUUUUGCAUAUGGGGUGAGGAUGAUACUCCAGAGAGAUUCCACGAGCGCUUGGCCGCAAUGGAGCUAGCCCGCUCCGACCAAAGCGGAAGACUUCCGCAUCACAGAGUGCUCCGACAGAAGCGCAAGGGGCGUGCCAGCUCCCAAAAGAAGGAGCCAGAUGAUCCGUUUCUUCUCGACCUGCGGCAGCAGAUCGAGUAG